GUACCAAACAGCUGAUCCAUUCUGGCGUUAGAGAACCCGCAGCAACGACCACAUGUUUGUGCCGCAAAGUGUCGCAUAAUUAUUGUAAUUCCCGGGCAAGUAAUGACUGUGAUUCCCCAAAAAUAAUUCCAAUAAAUUGUGAAAACUGGAGUGACUGUAUUUCGAGUAAAGUGGAAUGCGUUAGAGCCCUCGUAUCCCGGGAUAAUCGGAAUAAUAUCGCAUAACGUAGACGACAUUGCGCCCCUUUUUUCAAUUUUUCGUUUUCCUUUUUUUGAAAUAAAAUGGCUGACCGUGAUAGCGCAUCGGAGAGUGAUUCGAGCUCGAUUGAUGGUGGCCCAAUAAUGAUGCCACCCUCGCCGGUAACACGUGAACAAUUGCAGAAGAGGAUUGAGUCACUUCAGCAGCACAAUCGUGUCCUCAAGGUUGAGUUGGAGACGUACAAGCUCAGGGUUAAGGCACUCCAGGAGGAAAAUCGUUCGCUACGACAAGCCUCUGUCAUCAUCCAAGCGAAGGCAGAGCAGGAAGAGGAGUUCAUCAGCAACACUCUCUUGAAGAAAAUCCAAGCCCUGAAGAAGGAGAAGGAGACCCUGGCCCACCACUACGAGCAGGAGGAGGAAUGUUUGACGAACGAUUUAUCCCGAAAGUUGAAUCAACUUCGCCAGGAGAAGUGCAAGCUCGAGCAGACGCUGGAGCAGGAGCAGGAGUGCCUGGUGAACAAGUUGAUGAGGAAAAUCGAGAAACUGGAGGCUGAGACCCUCGCCAAGCAGAGCAAUUUGGAGCAGCUGCGGAGGGAAAAGGUUGAGCUGGAGAACACACUCGAGCAGGAGCAGGAGGCACUUGUCAAUAAAUUGUGGAAGAGGAUGGAUAAGCUGGAGGCAGAGAAACGCAUGUUACAGAUUAAGCUGGAUCAGCCGGUAUCUGAUCCAACAUCACCCAGGGAUCUCAAUAAUGGUGAUACAGCAACUAAUCUCAGCACUCACAUACAAACACUGAGGAGUGAAGUGGCUCGAUUGCGACAUACACUUCUAAUCUCACAACAAGAACAUACCGAAAAAAUGCAACGGUACGUCAAUGAGGAGAAACAUAUUCGUGAGGAGAAUUUGAGACUCCAGAGGAAAUUGCAGCUGGAGGUUGAACGCCGUGAGGCACUUUGCAGACAUCUGUCAGAGUCUGAGUCCAGUUUGGAGAUGGAGGAGGAACGUCACUACAACGAAAUCGUAAUGUCUGGUAGCAAUAUUAGAAAUCGCACAGUAUCGAGUCCAGUGCCAUACAAUCCAUCUCCAAGCUCAUCAAGACCUCUCAGUCCAGGUGUCAAUGUCGUUGGUUCGACAUCUCGUGAUAGCUUCACGUCCAAUCGAUGCUUUGCCUGUGGUCAGACUAUGAUGAUACCAUUUUCUAGUUCUCCACCACCAGCAGGCGCUCACAUAGGACCAGCCCCAGGUAGACGCACUUCGGACAGAUUUGUAAAGCCAGCAAUUCCCCCAACUAUUGUGAGCCCUGGGGUACCACCUCUAGCACCACCAACAGUCAAUACAUCUGCUGGCUCUCCCAUGGACAUCGCCAAAACAUAAGUUUCCCCUCAUUACCCUAUUCCCAUUGACAUAUAAUCGGUAAAAGGUAUCCCUCUAUUAUUUUUCGUUUAUUCAUAUUCGUAUUCACUUCUGAGGAAAAAAUACGUUUUCUUCUCUCGUUUUUUUUUUUUUUUUGGAAGACGAAAGGGGGACGUUAUGAUAUUUUAUUCGUAUCGAUCAGAAGAAUUAUUCACUGGAGUCCUGACGCAGUCUCUGCUCUCACGCGAUUAUCUCCCACGGCAGUUAUUUUAGAGGUAAAUGUCAUAAGAUAUUUUUUGUUGCUCGGGAAAUUUCGAAUGAAAAAGUUAUUUACCAUUUUACUCGGAGAUCACCGGUUCUCGAGGUAAUUCGGCUACUCGGAGGUGACUUGAGAAAUUUAGGAGCGAAGGGAAAGGGUGAUGGGUUUAUCUCGCUCAUCGCCAAGAGAACAAGUUGACUUAUUACACUUUAUCUUUUGCUCUUGAAAUUAUUGAUUGCAUGAAUUAAUUUGAAUAGCUUCACAGCUGGGGAGUUAAUCGCAGUAUUGAAUGCCCACUAAACUCCUCAGUUCCUAGACUCCCCACAUUUUUCCUCGCUCGAAGUUUAAGUGAUAAUCGUGUUUUUUUUUUCAAUUAAAACUUAAAACGAAAAAUGAAAAAAAAAAAAAAUAAUUCUCACGAGUAAUCCAGUAUCAUAAUGUCAAAAUAAUUGAAUGUUUGUGUGUGUCGCUUGUACGCUUCCACAGACCUUAUAAUCUCGAUGUAGGAAAAUUAAAAAUCACUAGGAGCUCAUAUUUUCAACGAAAGCAAAAGUCAUUAAAAAAUCUCAUUACCACUAUCCAAGCAAAUAAAGUAAAAAAUAAUAAUAAUAAUAAAUCAGCACGAAAGUAAUGAAAAGUCCUAACAUUUCAAAACAAUAAACAAUUAUCCCCGAGAGUAAUAGAAAUAACAGAAUAAAAGAUUAAUGGUGAUAAAGUUUGAAUGUUAAGUCUUGUAUACCUAUAUUUUUCUCGUUUAUAUGAAAUCGCCUAAUUGAUAAAAAAAAAUGUACUACUAUGGAUUAAUAACUGUGUUGAAAGUGGGUAUGUUACUGGAUCAAUUUAAUAUUUAUGACUAAAUAUUAAAUUAUUAAAAAUACGAGUCAUGGGACGUUUAUCCACAUCUAGAAAUCAAAUAUAAGGUCAUGAGGAUGGGUUAUACGAAAUUAUAAAAGUGUUAGUGAGUGUAAACUGAUUUGAAAGCCUCAGAAUCACAUUUUGCUGGUGUUUUCGUGAUUAUCGUUGUCUCGAGAGAAUGAAAAUUCAAAAUAUUAUCGAUUUUACCUCAGUUUUGUUCGCAAGUCAGACUCUGAGACAAAAUCCUAGCUGCACGCGGAGGUUGAGGAGAAAAUGUCACUAAACAUUUUAUCUGGGAAAUUAAAUUCUCCACAAAGAAGGUGUAAUCUUUUACGUAGAUCCACCGGCUUGUGAAGUAUUCGCGUUUUUCUCUCCGAUUUGCUUCUACAAUUUUUUUUUCGAUGAUUUUAGGUUUUUAAUUAUUUUUUAUUUCAUAAUAACUGGUAGCUUAUGGGUAAAUGAGUAUAUAUGGUGAGAAUACGAUGAGGAUUAUUGAUACUCUCGAAUUGCAUCGUAAACUGCCACAGAAAACUCGAAGACAAAUUAGUUUUUUUUUUCGAUUCGAUGAGCAUUUUUUAUUUUUCGUCGCGAGUUGCCAUUAGAGGCACCUGUGACAAUUGCAGAUUUAACUGUCGAAGUGGUAGAGCAUUACGAAUUUGCCUAAAAAAAACAGAAAGUCCAAUAAUUCAUGUCUCGAUAAGACUGUAAUUAUCUCGACCCCGAAUAGUUGAGGAAAAAAUAAAGAAAUUUCCCUAGAAAAAUGAUCUUGAAAUCAAUAAAAAAUUUAUAAUUUCGUGAGCAAACAGUAGAUGUUGUGAUCUCGGUGCUUAAAAAAUACAGUGAAUACUGUAAAAUCCAAGAAUAUUAUUGAAAUAGUGAAAUUUUACUCGUUUGCAGCACAAAUCGAGCUUUUAAAAUCUCGAAAGAAGCAUUUCUCAUCGUAAAAAUAUUUAAAUUAUAGUUUCAACAUUUCCUAAUGCAUUCUCGUGAGAAACAAUAAUCUGUUACUGAUUUUAUCAUUUUUAUUCGUGUAUUAUAAUUAUUCUUUAUGUACCAUCACUCGUUUUGCUAUUACCUUUGGUUUUAAUGAGAAACAAUAAAUAUCUGAAAAUUGA